AUGGCACGAACCGAGCACGAGUACUACUACGGUGACGCGGAGAGAGCCGAUGAGAUGCUCAGAGCUUUCAACGCCGUGUACGGCGGGGCACCACCAACCCAGGAAGACCGGGACAACAUAACCAACAACGUUGGUAACAACGUAAACCGUAAACGCAAACCACCGGCAGAACUAGAGAGGGUGGAACAACACCCAAACCAAAGACCGAGAACAGAGUCUCUAGUACCCGGAGGAGACAGCGGUAGCGAAAACGACUACACCCCAGCGGAAGACGUGAGACCGGAGGCUGUCACUGAGCCGGCGAAGAAGAAACGUGGAACCGCGAGAAAAGAAGUCGACCAAAGUGAGGAGGAGGAGCAAUCUGGUGAUAAUUGUCGCAAUGGUACAGAGACCGAGGACGGAAUAACGUACAUGUUUGGCAAGCCCAUUGAAGGAACCCUCUUACUACCUCUCACCCCGUACUUCGAAAACCGGAUGAAAUCCCUCAAAGGAUAUGUCCAAUUGACCGUGUUCGACCCGGCAUGGAUAGAGAAAGACCAUCGACAAGUAGGGAAGAAGAAGACAAAAACCCUGAAAGAGCUACAAGACGACGACUUGACUGCGACAUACUCAGGUCUCGUCCCACCGGAAGAAUUACUGAUGACCUAUGGGGCAUGGACGGACGCCAUCGACCUCUUCAUCAAAUACUUAGAGUGUGAAUACAAUAGACCGGUUGCGGCGAAGAUGUUCAGACGCCACAAAGAAAAUGUGGUAAGAAUAAAGAGGUCCACAAAGUGUUGGAUGGUGGCAUUGCGUUACUGCAUGAAAGUCCGGUUGGUAGUAAUGGUGGUGAAAAAGAGCGGGGGAAAAAGAGUCAUGAUAGACGCCGGAGUCCUGCACGAAGACAUCCUUCGAGAGGCGAAAGAGGAAGCGGAGAACAAGGGUGAGAGGAGGUUCCAGGAGAACCCAUACGUCGCAGGUGGCGGAAAAGAAGCCAUAGACCCAACGACCGGGCAAACUAAGAACGAGGCGAAAAGAGCUUUCGCUUAUCAAAACGGGAACGGAAAUAACCAAAACGCGUCCUUUAACUCGACAGGCGGGAGUUUCAAGCAGGCCAACACAGGUUACCAAGGCCGAAACUUCAUAGCAAAUUUUAACGCGAACAGAAGAAUCAGAGGUUUCUGGAACGCAGGCCAGAAGUCAGAUGCGACCCAAGUGUUCGCAGCUAACAACACGAACAGCGGUAGGGGCAGGGGUAGCUGGCAGACAAGGGGAAGAGGCGGAAGCACGACGGGAGGUGAGAGCACGAGGACGGUAGCAGAGUUGGACAAACAGUGA